CGGUACGAAGAACGCGUUAUCAUUAUAAGUUCCAAAGACAAAGAGAAUUCGGUUACUGAUGCGGAGAAAGCACUUCAGCAGAUUGCAGCACUCAUAUUGAAGGAAGAUGGUACCAGCAUUGAGGAACUAAAGGUUGGAUCAGGGCAUGUGGCUGCCAAUACUAUAAGACUCCUAAUUGCAGGAUCUCAAGCAGGUUCUUUGAUUGGUGCCUCAGGUCAAAAUAUUGAGAAAUUGAGGAAUUCUUCUGGUGCGACAAUUACAAUUCUUGCUCCCAAUCAGUUACCUCUCUGUGCGUCUGCUCAUGAAUCAGACCGAGUGGUGCAAAUAUCAGGUGAUGUUCCUGCAGUUUUGAAGGCUCUUGAAGAGAUAGGCAAUCAACUAAGGGUAAAUCCACCUCGGCAAGUCAUUUCUGUUAGCCCAACAUACAAUUAUAAUGCAAUGCACCCUCCACAGUCAUACAUGGAUCCAACCUCAGUUAAUUAUGUAACCUUUGAGAUGUUGAUAUCGGAGACGUUGGUGGGUGGGUUGAUUGGGAUUGGUGGCUUCAACAUAUCACGGAUCAGAAAUGAAUCUGGGGCUACAAUUAAGGUUUGUGGUGGAAGAGGUGAACAAAAUUACAGGCAAAUACAAUUUGGUGGAAGUGCUGAGCAGGUAGCUUUGGCAAAGCAGAGGGUUGAUGAAUAUAUUUAUUCUCAAUUGAUACGACAAGCUGGUGUUCAACAGACAGCUCUGCAGAUGUGGUGAUAUCCCAAACACUAAGAAUUGCUACAUCUUUUAAUGGCAACAUCUCCAUGUGGAAGCUGUGAAGGACAAAGCUGCUUCCUACAAACUUCAAUCUGGUGGUUGCUGAGAGUGCUGUGGGAUUUUGGAAUAAUGGCUUUUUCCCCCCUUAAAUGUGACAUAUUGUAAUUGUGGCAAAUAGUUGUCUGAAUAUUUUCUACAUCAACUUCUCAAGAGCUUCUUCUACAAUAGGCUAUAAAAAGGCUGCUAGCAAAGGAAAAGUUUGGCUUUGAACUGAUAUCCAAUGUCUAAUCUGCUGAGGUGGUGGUCAUUUAUUCUAACAAUCUUAACUUUUUUAGUA